CUAGGGGGCUGAUUGAUGGAAGGGGAACUGGGCACUGGGGCCGAGGAGGCAGGGAGUGGGGACAGGGGCACAGGGCAGCCCGGGGGCUGGGGCAGAAUUGGAGGGCCUCUCCGAGUGUCCCGGGGCUGGCCGGGCAGGGCCCGCCGGGAGGGUGGGGUUUGGGCGGCGCUACGCAGAGGCGGCCCGAGGCUGGCCCGGGAUCAGGGGAGCCGAUGUGGAAUUUCCUGCCGGGCCCGGCCCCCUCCCCUCUCCUCUCCACCCCUCCCCAGCUCUCCCCUCCUCUUCUCGUCUCCCCUCCCUGCACUCCCGCCCGCCCCGCCGGGCCUCGCCUCUCUCCUCUCGGCCCUCGGCUCCCCUUGCACUCGGCUUCCGGCCGCGUUCCCUGCAGCCGCUCUGCGCCCCGUGCCCCCCGGCCCGGCAUGGGGGGCCCCCGGGGCUCGCGCUGGCCACCCGCGGGGGCCACUCCUGCUGCCGUGGCCCCUGCAGCCCUCGCUGCCUCCGCUGCUGCUACUGCCGCUGCUGCUGCUGCUGCCUCCUCUGCGAGCUGCCCAGGAGCUGAGCCCGCGGGGACGCAAUGUGUGCCGGGCGCCCGGGUCCCAAGUACUCACGUGCUGUGCAGGAUGGAGACAGCAAGGCGAGGAUUGCACCAUUGCCCUGUGUGAGGGGAACUCCACGUGCUCGGAGAAUGAGGUGUGUGUGCGCCCCGGAGAGUGCAGAUGCCGCCACGGCUACUUUGGAGCCACCUGUGACACCAAGUGCCCGCCCCAGUUCUGGGGCCCUGAUUGCAAGGAGCUGUGUAUCUGCCACCCGCACGGGCAGUGCGAGGAUGUGACCGGCCAGUGUACGUGCCACGCGCACCGCUGGGGUGCGCGCUGCGAGCACGCGUGCCUGUGCCAGCACGGCGCGUGCCACCCGCAGAGCGGCGCGUGCCGCUGCGAGCCCGGCUGGUGGGGCGCCCAGUGCGCCAACGCCUGUUACUGCAGCCAGACGUCCCAGUGCGACCCGCAGACGGGCGCGUGCCUCUGCCACACGGGCUGGUGGGGCCGCAGCUGCAACAACCAAUGCUCGUGCAACGGCUCCCCCUGCGAGCAGUUCAGCGGCCGCUGCCAGUGCCGGGAGCGCACGUUCGGGCCGCGCUGCGAGCGCUACUGCCAAUGCUAUCGCGGCCGCUGCAACCCCGUGGACGGCACGUGCGCCUGCGAGCCGGGUUACCGGGGCAAGUACUGCCGCGAGACGUGUCCCGCCGGCUUCUACGGCCCAGGCUGCCGCCGCAGGUGCGGCCAGUGCAAAGGCCAGCAGCCAUGCACGGUGGCGGAGGGCCGCUGCCUCACCUGCGAAGCGGGCUGGAACGGGACCAAGUGCGACCAGGCCUGCGGGCCGGGCUUCUACGGGGACGGCUGUGAGCAGCGCUGCCCGCCCUGCCGCGACGGCCACACCUGCAACCACAUCACGGGCAAAUGCACGCGCUGCAACGCCGGCUGGAUCGGGGACCGGUGCGAGUCCAAGUGCAGCAAUGGGACGUACGGCGAGGACUGCGCCUUCGUGUGCAAUGACUGCAGUAGCGGCCGCUGCGACUUCCAGUCCGGGCGCUGCCUGUGCAGUGCGGGCGCCCACGGCCCCCAGCCUGCUCUAGCCAUCCCCAAACUUGGGCGAGCUGACACAAGUGAACCCACCAAGACCAGCUGUAACCUGACGUGUCUCCCAGGCCACCACGGAGUGGACUGUGCCCAGACGUGCAGCUGCCAUGAGGAUACGUGUGACCCCGUGACGGGUGCCUGCCACAUGGAGACCAACCAGCGCCAGGGAGUGAUGGGGGCUGGGGCCCUCCUCAUCCUCCUCUUGGGUCUGCUCCUCUCGCUGCUGGGUUGCUGCUGUGUCUGUCGGAGCGAGGACCCUGGCCGCCAGGAUUGUCAGCCAAGGAGGAAAAAGAAUCCCCAGCGUCUCUGCGGCCGCUUCAGCCGCAUCAGCAUGAAGCUGCCCCGGAUCCCCCUGCGGAGGCAGAAGCUGCCCAAGGUUGUGGGUAAGGCUGGCAGCCAGGGCUGGCUGGCGCAGCACUCUAUUAAACCCAGGCACUGUGGGCUCAGCUCGAACCCCACGUCCCAGGAGGCAGCAGCCUUCCCCUCUCAUCCUGCUGCAUCUGCUCUGUCUACACCUUCCGUGGACCUUGUCCUCUCGCCCUUUAAAAUGUCAGCUCCUCGAGGAAUCAUGAUGUGCCAGAGAGGUGCCGCAGCCCGGGACAGAGUCGAGACUAGUGCGCUCGACCUGCUACUGGGUGGCCAGCACAUCCAUCCGGGACUAGAGUUUGAAUCCUGCCUCAGGCACUUACCAGCCAUGUGA